AUGGUCGCCCUCCCUGCUACGCCGACAAUACUGCUCGCUGCAUCCACAACGGCAUUGACGGCGAGCCCAACAUGCACAACGGCAAUUCCAGACAAGAACGGCUACGUGCCACCUGACUCUUGCAACGCCAACUACGGCUUCUACCCGCGGUGGGAAGACAAUGUUGCGUUUGCCAUUGCGUUUGGGCUCGCCACUGCUGCCCACCUGGCCCAAUCCAUUAUCCUCAAAAAGCCUUUUUGCUGGGUCAUCAUUAUGGGUGCUCUGUGGGAGUGCAUUUGCUUCGUGUUGCGUGCCUUGGGGGCCAAAGACCAGCAAGAAUCGAUCUACGUCACUCUUUCGACGCUCUUGUUCCUCCUCGCGCCGCUUUGGAUAAAUGCAUUCGGAUACAUGGUCGUUGCCCGCCUCAUCUACUUCCUCCAGCCGGAGCGGAAAGCAGCCGGCAUCCCUGCUCGCUGGCUGGCCAAGGGCUUUGUCACCGCGGACGUGAUAUGCUUCAUCAUCCAAGCCGCUGGUGGCGCCAUGAUGGCCGACCAACACAACACAGACACGGCAAAGACCGGCCGCAACAUCUACAUGGUCGGCGUGGGCAUUCAACUAGCCUUUGUGAUGAUAUUCCUGAUUGUCACCGUAUUCUUCCACCGAGACCUGUUGCGGAACAUGCGCAUUGGCAAGAUCAAGGCCCGAGACUGCUGGACCGGCGCCUUGGUCUGGGUAAUCUACAUUGUUCUCAUCCUCAUCAUUGAGCGGAUAAUAUUCCGUUUGAUCGAGUUCAGCCAAGGAGUUUCCUCGUCCAACGCCAUCCUUCGACACGAGGCAUUUCAGCUAUACCUCGACGCGCUGCCCAUGCUUCUCGCCAUUGCUUCCUUGAACAUUGUUCAUCCCGGCAUGGUGCUGAAGGGGCCUGAGAGCAGCUUUCCGUCAUCCAAGAUUAGGUGGUGGCGUGGCAGGUCAGCAGCCUUUGAGCCUCUCGCGUUGCAGUCUCUCGAAAGACAGCCGCUGAACUGA